AUGAUUACGAUGUUGAUUGUGCUUGCCCCCAUCGUGUUCUCCCAAGACCAAGAGCCAGAAAAUACUUCCAAUGAUCCGACCAGCUUCGACAAUUGGAUUGAAAAUAGCAUGAAGACGUUCUAUGAACGUAAAGAUCAGAUCAGACAAGGGGAAGACGUUGUUCUCGAUGAUGCCCUGGCUCAAGCUGAGAAAUCCAGCAAGGUGAUCAAGGUGAGAAAGGAUGGCACCGGCGACUUCAAGACGGUGGCAGAUGCCAUCGCAAGUAUUCCUUCCGGGAAUAAACAACGCAUUAUCUUGUGGAUAGGACCGGGCGAGUAUGCGGAGAAGAUAACGGUGGAUAAAUCCAAGCCAUUUCUCACGUUCUACGGAUCGCCCGAAAACAUGCCGAUUUUGUCCUCCCAUGGUGCAUCUGCUUCUGUCACAGUGGAGUCGGACUACUUUAUGGCCGCUAACAUCAUCUUUAAGAAUUCGGCUCCAGAGACCGACGGCAAAGGUGGUGGACAAGGAGGUGAGGCUGCGGCAAUGAGAAUCUCUGGUGACAAGGCGGUGUUUUAUAGCUGCAACUUCACUGGCUCCGACAAAUCAUUGUACGAUGACAAGGGAAGGCAUUUGUUCAAGGAUUGCUACAUUGAAAGCACACUCAAUUUCAUCUCUGGGAAUGGAAAAUCUCUCUACAUGUUCACGGAGAUACAUUCGAAGGCAAAAACUAAUGCACUGAUCACGUCAUCAACCAAGGAGAAGGAAAAUGAAGAUACUGGCUACUGUUUCGUUUACUGCAACUUUACGGGCAGCGGGCAUAUUUAUCUGGGUCAGGAAUGGAGAGCCAAAGGGAGGGUUAUCUUCGCCAACGCCGACAUCGGCCUGCAAAUCAGUCCUCAAGGCUCCUCUGACGGUGGAAAAACAACCGACGAAAAGACAAUAUACUACGCAGAAUACAAUUGCAGCGGACCAGGAUCAUGCGCAGAUAAGCCUCCACCUUACGUCAGGAUGCUAAGCGAUGCCGAAGCCCAACCAUUCGUGAGCAUGACCUACGUCCACGGCAGCACUUGGCUUCUCCCUCCUCCCAUUCUGUAA